AGAAAAAUAUAUUUAUUGAAAUUAUUAUUUCAUUACUCAAACGAAGCACCACAUGAAAACGAAAUUGAAAAUCAAUUAAUCAAACGUAAUAGGUUUUAAAAACGUAAGUAUGUCGUACUAGCACGUUUGUACUAGGUACGUAUAAAUCCCCACUUCUUAUGAAUGUCUAAGCCUUACAACGUAGAUAGAGCUAUACGAGAUAUCAUCGGCUUCAAUCUUCAGUAGUGGUUUAACGACUUAUCUCUUUAGAGGUAGAUAUAUGCGAACCUAUUGGUGUAUUGAAAUAUUGUGAUUGUGCUUUACGAUCUAUAUAUUAUAUAGUGAGAUUAAUAUAUUUGAUGAUAAAAUUUGGCCUUUCACGAGUAACUUUUUUCGCUCACAACAGUGUUAUCUUCGACUACAGCUGGUUGUUGUAUAACGUUACGAAACAUUUAUACUUUCAUUUCGAUCUACGAAAAAAUAAAGAACAAAGUAUAUAUAAGAAACAGAGUAUAUAAUGAACUGAUAAUUAUGCGCAUUCUUAUCUAACUUUAAAAGCAAAAAAAAAGACAAGAUAAAAGUGUGAGCUUCGAAAAAACGAAAAGUAAAGUGAUCGAUACAAAUUUCAGUGACUGUGUGAUACGAAAGUGCAAAAGACUAUUAAAUGGUUAUCUGAAAAUUAAACGAUUCGUAAAUUAUUACGGAUAUAAAAGUUUGUAUUGUUCUUCAAUCAGAAGAAAAAACAAUAGAAAUUAUUAUUUAGUUUGAGACAGAAUAUUUAAGAGAAUAUUUUUUUCUUCAUUUCAUUUUUCUCUUUCAUGAUUGAGAUAUGCCUGGAAUAAUGAAUCUAGGAUUUGAAGAGAACGAGUUAGAAAAUCUAGAAAGUGGCACGCAGAAUAAGAAAUCGUACGAGAAAGAAGAGUCUAUCUUUCCUAUACAGGAGGACAAUGUAUCCAAAAAGAAAUUCGACUUACUUGUGACGACACGUAAUGCCAUGGAAGCAUACAUUUCGAGGCAUCGAAGAAUUGUCAAAUUUCUAGCCUUGAUACUGUUAAAUAGUCUCGUAGUGAUCUACUUUGCCUUUGCCACCAACUAUUGGGUCAAAAACAAAGAAUGUAUGACAUUGAACGUAUUGUUAACGUUGUUCCUUAUAUACAUGAUUUUCAUUCCUAUAAAAAAAGAACUAACAAUUAAGAUAAGUGACUUCCUUAAUUUCGUUCUUGUUUUUUCUUUUCUUUUUUUUUUUCUUCUUUUAGCAAAGGAUUGCGGUUUCUGCUGGUGUACCGGUUAUGGUAUGCUCUUGUUACUCUUGGGUUUCACAUAUACCGGAUUAUUUUAUUACUGUGUAAUUAAGCGAUAUUUUGCAAAAUCUAUUUGUCGUUUCUUUGGACCGGUUGGAAGAUUUAUUGAAAGGCUAAAAAAGACAAGAUAUGGAUUUCGAAUGUUCGUAACACUGAUAUAUUUGUUAAUACUCACGGCCAUCGUUGCCUUUCUCAUCAUCGAUACCUUACAUUCGACGAAUAGACUGAUCAGUGGCCUUGGUGUCGUAAUCCUAUUGCUUCUAGGAUGGAUAUUCUCAAAACAUCGGGCUCACAUCAAUUGGAGACCAGUUUUGUGUGGUAUAAUAAUGCAAUUUUUAUUCGGUUUAUUUACCAUACGUUGGUCCGUCGGCCGAAAUAUUUUUGAUUGCAUUUCAAACAAAAUAACGACCUUUUUGGAUUACGCGAAAGAAGGCGAUGAAUUUAUUUUCUCAGAGGAACUUGUUCAAAAAGGAAUUUUCGCUUUUUCGGUCAUUCCAGUUAUUUUCUUCUUUAGCUGUUUCAUUCAAAUAUUAUAUUAUAUUGGAGUUAUGCAGUGGGUGGUUAUGAAAUUUGGAUGGGGUUUGCAAUGUAUCAUGGGAACCACGAUAUGCGAAUCGUUGAAUAGUGUAUCAAAUACAUUCAUUGGAAUGACCGAAUCUCUUUUAUUGAUAAAACCAUAUGUCAGUAAACUGACAUCUUCCGAAAUUCAUGCCGUUAUGUGUUCUGGGUUUGCCUCGGUUUCAGGUAGUGUUUUUGCUGCAUAUGUCAAAUUUGGUGCCGAUCCGGCACAUUUACUGAUAGCAUCAGUAAUGUCAGCCCCGGCUGCCCUUUGUUAUUCUAAAUUAUUUUAUCCUGAGACAGAGGAAAGUCAAACCAAUUCGGACAACAUCCAAUUGGAGAAAUCAAAUGAUUCUGGAAUUUUGGAUGCUGCGAGUAAUGGAGCACUGGCAGCAAUUCCUGUAAUACUUGGUAUAAUAGCUAAUAUUAUAGCUUUUAUAUCAUUUGUUGCCUUCAUCAAUGGUCUACUCUUUUGGUUCGGUCAACUUUUGGGAUUUAACGAUUGGAAGUUCCAGUAUUUCUUAUCAAAAAUUUUUAUGCCAUUGAGUUGGAUCAUGGGUGUACCGUGGAAUGAAUGCGAAGAUGUUGGAUACUUGAUAGGAAUAAAGACUGUCAUUAAUGAAUUCAUCGCUUAUAAAGAACUUGGAAUAUAUAAAGAACAGAAUAGACUUUCUAGUAGAUCUGAAGCCAUUGCCACCUAUGCCCUUUGUGGAUUUUCUAAUCCUGCAUGCAUCGGUAUCAUGAUUGGUUCUUUAAGCAAUUUAGCACCAAAUAAGAAAAAAGAGAUCACUGAUGUUACAAUAAGAGCAUUUAUCUCUGGCAGUGCUGUUUGUUUUCUCACAGCUUCUGUUGCCGGUAUGCUGAUAGACGAUACUUCCUCUCAUAUGGUUAAUGUAACUUCCAAUUAUACUCUCGAGUAUUAACAAAAAAUCUGGUUACAUAACCUAUACGUCUAGUUGCAAUAUUAUUUAUUGUCUCGAUUUAAACAAGGACAUUGUAAAUAACUUCUAGAAGCAUUUAUAAAUGAAAGACAAUGCAAUAUGAUUCAUUUACCAUGUACAUUUUUCCAUAAAGAUUAUUAUUGUAUAAACGUUCAUUAAUUUUAUAAAUAUAAUAUAUGACGUAGUUACUCGAAGGAAAAUUAAUUCGUGUUCUUUGUUAUCAAAAUGCAUGAAAGGAAUGUUUUAUUUUUUCGGUAUAUGAUAUGCUAUGGCUGAGAAAGACGUUCGCAUGCUAACGUCUAUUUGUACGUAUUCAGUUAAUAUAAUUAUAAAUUGUUAUAUAACGUAAAUAUUACAAAACGAGCGUGCUUGUAUAUAGUGAUCUGUAAUAUUGUUUACCAAGGUGAUUCAAUAACUUUAUUAUAAAGUAUUAAUGUUAAUUUGCUUGUUCAAUAAUUUUAGAUAAGUAGGAUGUUAAUUGAUUAUCAAAAUCAAUGGUUGUAAGGCCAUUUCUGAGAAUCUGUUACACAGAUACUCAUAUUAUAAAAUAAAAUUUAAAAAUUAAACAAGAAUUAUCCUUGUAUCACCAAUAGUUAUCCUGAUAAAUAUUUGUGAUAAAGCUACUGAAACACCCUGUAUAAUAACGCAAUUAUCAUUGAUUGCGUUUCACAAACAUUUAUACUUUGCGAAUUCAACCAAAGCUGGUGAAAGCUGACGUAUAGACUUUCAGUUAAUCACAAUACUUUCCUUUUCAUGGCAAGGUGUGCAGCUGAUGCAAUUCAAAUAAAGUAUGAGUACGAUUGAGUACAUCGACAGUAACUUCAAGCAUUUUUGGUAGAAUAUCUACAUUUCGUUGUACAUUCACACCGCAAACCUGUGCAUCGUUGAUUGUGAUUUUUAAAUGUAUCAUCAAAUAUAAAAAUAUAAUAAUAAAAUAAAUUACAUAAUGUA